AUGUCGUACACGGACAAGGAGUCUCUCCUCGCCCUAGGGCAGAUAGACCCCGAACUGAAAGCGUUUCUCGAGAAAGCCAACCUGCCCCCGCCGGAUUACAGCAAUCUGGACGACUUCAAGGCCAUGGUGGACAAACGGAACGCCGACGCUAUGAAAAUCUUGGGCUCGCCUCCGCCGGAAGUAAAGCAGACCGAGUUGGAAUAUCCCACGGCAGACGGUACCAAGUUGCGCGCAAAGCUUUAUCAACCGACAAACCCGCCCAAGAACGGAAGCCCUCUGAUCGUCAUGUACCAUGGUGGAGGAUUCUGCAUUGGCGCGCCAGAGGGUGAGGAGCAGACAUGUCGCAACUUUGUCCAGGCCUUCGGUGCUGUCUGCAUCUCAGCCUCGUACCGCCUUGCACCGCAGUUCAAAUUUCCAUACGCACCCAAAGACUCCUGGGACUGCUUAAAAUGGGCGGCGGCCAACGCAAAGUCCUGGGGCGCCGAUCCCUCGAUCGGCUUUGUUAUUGGUGGCACCUCGGCUGGAGGAAACAUCACGGCGGUCCUGGCUCAUGUGGCGCGAGAUGAGAAACUGUCGCCUCCUUUGACCGGCCAAUACCUCGCCAUUCCCGCGGUGCUGCCUGCAUCCAAGGUCCCAGAAAAGUAUAAGGAGUAUUUCCUGUCGUACGAGCAGAACCAGAAUGCACCAGUCCUACCUGUUGCGGCGAUAGAUAUGUUCAUGCGCGGGUAUGAACCAGAUGAAUCGGACGGGAUCUGGUACGCUCCCUUCAACCACCCCAAUGGUCACAAAGACCAGCCCCCUGCCCUGUUCCAGAUUGACGGGAUGGACCCGCUGAGAGAUGAGGCCAUCAUCUACGAGCGUGUACUGCGGGAGGACUAUGGGAUCAAAACCAAGAUGUUUGUCUACCCCGGUCAGCCGCACGGCCACUGGGGGUUCUUCCCGUUUUUGAAGGCAAGUCAACAGUUCCGUCGAGAGCAGGUCGAGGGCAUGAGUUGGUUGCUGGGAAGAGAGGCCGAUUUCAGCAAAGUCAUCACCCAGGCUGUGGCCGCGGGUGUGUGA